ACUAGCUUGCGCGCCAAUUCAGGGGUACGACACGAAGAAGAGGAAGAGAGGCGGCGCAGGCGCAAGGGGGGAAGGGGGCCCAGAUUGGGUUCAUUGCGGGAGAAAGGGAGGUGGCGACAGGUUAGGGUGAUUUGAGCGAGAGCGUAGAGACCGCUCACACCUGUCUACUCUUGAUCCGAUCGAGCAACGAGUAGUCUCGUGCGGACACGUGGACGUAAUCUGAUGCGUUAGCAUUGCAUACACGUGGCAGUCUUUCCGGCGGGUUUAUUUUUGCUGUACUUAUCGCGGCAGGCUUAUCCGUCUAUUGGCACUACUGCUCGUCCAGUAAUUGACUUGGCUGAUUGGUCUUAGGGGACUAAUUAGGGGACUGAUUAGGGGACUAAUUGGUUUGUUAUCUCUGCAUUCCUCUUGCGACGUGGGGGUGUCAUCUCUCUUCGAAAUCUACGGCUGAUGCGAGUGCAGUAGUCAGGAAGGGUGGGGCGGAGGGAGGGAAGAGAAGGGGGAAAGAGAGAGAGGAGGGGAGAAGGGUAGGUGGUCUUCGGCCCAGGGAUCGUAGGGUAUGUUGCGUUCACACGACUACCGAAAGGACUCUACAUGGAUUGAAUGAAUCUGGACGUAAACGCGACAUUCAGGGGACGUCUACUGUGAAUACGCGCAGAGCAAAAAACAGACUGGUAGGGGACAUCAGCCCCCGGGGUUGGCCCGGCGGGGCGUGGUGUGGGGCGCCAGAAUCCGUCGUUGCGUUCACACGACUACCGACGAAAGGGGUGUGCUCUGUUGCGCGCAUACCCCCACACCACACGGCGGGAAGGCCUCUCUCUCCGAAGAUCCCCUCCUCUCUUUCUCUCUCUCUCUCCGUUGGGCGUCUCUCUGCGCAUUUCUGCGCGCCUGUCCCGCUGGCCAGCGCGGCCCAUUAGCGGAGACGGACCGCGAGCGCCUGCGCGCGCUUUGUUCACGUGGCGAGUGAGCGGUAGACCAAGGACCGCCCACACGGAAGCAGCCACGUGGUCAAAAGCAGAGUGCUGGUCGGCGAUCAACCAGCGUGCGUCUGGUCGUGUAUGCGUAUAAUAUCCGAAUGUGCAUUUUCAGCUGAUCGUAUACGUUUUAGGGCUAUUAAGAAGAACGGACGCCCUUGAAGGCGCAGACAAGGUCAUGGCAACGGACGUGUGCAGUUUUCGAGAAGCAGCUUCUGUCGCGUGGGGUUCAGCUCGCAGGUGAGUGUGUGUGUGUGUGUGUGUGUGUGUGUGUGUUAGAGAGAGAGAGAGAGAGAGAGAGAGAGAGAGAGAGGGAAACGAACAGGCUGGUCGCAAUGCGAAAGGAGAGGAGGUGAUUGAUUUCGAUUCCACUUUCCUCGGGUGAGUGGAUCUGAUUAGUUGAUCUAGAUGAUGCCGACCAAGGAUCUGAUUAGUUUGACUACGACAGUUUGAUUGUCCUCCAAUGAUUGGUCAACGAAGUUAAUCUUUUGGAAUCCUUUCCUUCCCUAACGCAACGGAAUUCGUUUGUAAGCGGGGGGGGAGAGGGGGGGGGGGGAAAGAAGCCCCCGGGGGGGGGGGCGGCGGGGGCGGUAGCGGAGCGGAGACGCGCGGGGGGAAUAUAUUUUCAACGCUGUCGUGUUAAGUCGUACGGAGCAAAUCUUCUUGACCUGAAGGAGGUGCGGUUGUGGAUUGAUUGGUUGAUUGGUGGAAAAUACCAAUCAAUCAAUCAAUCAAUCAAUCAUUGUUGUGAUCGGUGGGGAGGAAGUAAGCAAUCAAUCGAACAAUCAAUCACCGAUCGAUCACAAGCGCGAGCGAUGUCGGGGGUCGAUCACGGUCGUGACCCCUGUCCCGAUCGCAUCCUGGAUGACAUCGGGACGGCCUUCAGUAUGGGUGUGUUGGGCGGCUCCGCGUGGCAUUUCUUGAGAGGCAUGAAGAACUCGCCACGUGGCGAGCGAUUCGGCGGCGGCGUGUCGGCUGUUCGCAUGAAUGCCCCUCGAAUUGGGGGUAGUUUUGCAAAUUGGGGGGCGCUGUUUGCGAGCUUCGACUGCACUCUCGUUUAUCUGAGGAAGAAGGAGGAUCCGUGGAACGCAAUAGCAGCGGGCGCAGCGGCGGGGGCUUCCCUACAGCUGCGCCAAGGACUCAAGUCCGCAGGCAAAGCCGCGGUAAUGGGCGGGGCCAUCCUCGCGCUCAUUGAGGGGACCGGCAUCCUUCUUAACAGGUUGUUGUCCCAACUGCCGCCGCCAGAGGAGCAGAUGGGGCAGCAGGUGCCCCCGGCCGGGGUCGGGAUGGGAGCGCCGAUGUACUCCCCAGGCCCAGCUCUGUCGGGAGGGGCCCCGAUUCCAGGAUACGCUGCGGCGGGAGUAGGAGGAGGAGGCGGCGGCGGUAUUCCGGCAACGUCAGGGCUGCCCUCCAUGGCCAGCGCAAGCGCAAGCGCGGGAACGAUUGGCGGGAACAGCAAUUUGUAUGGCGCGAGUGAGAUUCAAUUGGAUGGCGCGGGGAACUCCUCCUCCUCCUCCUCGUCUUUCCCCUCUUCGUCUGCGAGCGGUGCGUCUUCGUCGUCAUCGGGGUCCAGUAAGAAGAGCGGGUCGUGGCUAGGGGGAUGGCUCGGCGGAGGCUCGGCGGGAACGAAAGAGGGUGAUGCUAUGGUGAGCGGGAGUGGUACCUCUUCGUCCGGCGAUCGAGGGAUUGGUGGGUUCGAUGUCAACUCGUCCCCCCCUAUACCUCAUUUCGGCUCGGGUACAGAUAACUAUAGUUUUAAAUAGUCGAGUGUGUGUGUCAGUCAGAUUUGAGGUUGAUUUCAACGUUUUCAGAGAUGGGAGCGGGAGUAGUUGGGGGGGGGAAGGCGAGGCGAUUCGUGCUCGUCCGCCUGAGUUGGUUCUCUGUUUUUAUCAGUCGCUUCUGGCGUCCGCAUGCGGCUAGCUUUGACGAAUGGGUACAUUUCUGGAGUAAGAGUCGAGGGAGGAGGUUUGUCUCUGCAUGUCUUUGUGUGUUUGUGUGUGUGCGUGCGUGUGUGUGUGUGUGUGUGUGUGUGUGUGUGUGUGUGUG